CACUGAUGCAGGGGGAUCCAUCAUGGCGUCGAUGCAGAAAAGGUUACAGAAAGAGCUGCUAGCCUUGCAGAAUGAUCCACCCCCUGGAAUGACCCUAAACGAGAAGAGCGUACAAAACACCAUCACACAAUGGAUUGUGGACAUGGAAGGAGCCUCUGGUACUGUUUAUGAAGGGGAAAAAUUCCAGCUUCUUUUUAAAUUUAGUAGUCGUUAUCCCUUUGACUCGCCUCAGGUAAUGUUCACAGGAGACAAUAUACCUGUCCAUCCCCACGUAUAUAGCAAUGGCCACAUCUGCCUGUCCAUCUUAACGGAGGACUGGUCACCAGCCCUUUCUGUCCAGUCUGUUUGUCUUAGCAUUAUUAGCAUGCUGUCCAGCUGCAAAGAGAAGAGACGGCCUCCUGAUAAUUCAUUUUAUGUACGAACGUGUAAUAAAAAUCCAAAGAAGACAAAAUGGUGGUAUCAUGAUGAUACCUGUUAAUAUGAACUUUCUCGAACUCCAAGAGGGAAGAAGUCCUACUGACCUAUAGAAGCACUUUUUUGAAUAUCAUAUGGUCUCUGAACUUUAACCUUGGACUCAAACUCAAGCAUGGAUUUUCGUGGACCACAAAUAUGGGAAACGAUGUCAGCUGUGUUACUGGUAGCCAGUUGGAUGCAUGUUUGGGGGUUAACAAAAGAGGAGAUGAAUGGAAAUAAAUUAUAAAUAGAACAGAAACGGACCAUCAUUGGUAGGUGUGGAGAAAUGUUGUUUUAUCCAGGAUUUUAUCAUUAUUAUUUUUUUUUUUAAUAGUAAGAUUAUUUCUGUCUCACACCACACUUUUCAUUUUCUGUCACUGGUAUUUCCAUGUGUCUUGUGCAAUAACAAAACUUUGGGUGCAUUUUCAGGGCCAAUAAUGAGAAAUCCAUAUCAAAUAGUCACGAUCCAAAACAAAUACUGAAAUGAUUGUAGUGUCCCUUUGCUUUACUUUCAUUCCUACUGACAUGAUAUGCACUGUGAAAUGAUAUAAGAAAAGAAAGGUUUGUUCUGAAGGUUGAAUUUUUGAUGAUCUGCCAUAAAUAGUUUAAUAUACAAAUGGUACGGUUUGUUCUCAUUCAUCUCAAGUUCUGAUAUCACGGCAUAUGGAGGUUAUAUAGUCAGUGAGUCGUCUUUGGUGCAUUUGAGCAUGGAAACCAACCUUGAUCAUCAAUCAGUCUCAUAUUUACCUCGAUCAACUCCUACAGGAUUGAACCAGGGCCUAAAACUAAAUUGGCAUUGUUUAGUAUAUGUAACUAAUGGUUUGUAUUCUUAAUUGUAAUAAUAGCUGAGAAAGCAAUAUGGUUCAGUAUGAUUAUAAAAUUCAUGUGAGCAGUUUAUGGAAACUGUGUUUUCAGUAUUUUGGAGCAGUUUGCUGUGUAUUUGAAAAGGCAUUUUCCCAGGUUUAUAAUGAAAACAGUUUAUAAAUGUUCUGCCAAUAAAAUAGAAUCAUCUAAAAAUUGAAGUCAUUUAUUCUAAAAUAAGAGCUUUAUUGUUUAAAAAAUCUAUAUAUAAUAUGAAACGACAAUAAUUGCAAUUAGAUGUUUUGCCUGUAUUUCAGUUAUGCAUCGUUUUUUUGAGCCAGUAAAAGUAUUUAUUGUAUUGUGAUAGAUUUUCUCAAAUGUUUUUGCUUGGUUUUAGGCCCUGGACGCAGAAGUAUCCAUUGAAUACUCACAGAGCUUGAUAAACCAGUAUAUUGAAUGUUGGCACGAAAGUUCUGUCUUGUUCUUUCUUAUUUGUAUAAAAUCUUUUAUAUUGAGAUAGAGUGAGCUCAAAUAUCUUUUAAAUAUUCCAUUUUUCUUUCCUUCCAUGUUUUUACUUUAUCGCAAGUAACCAAUAAGAUUUGAAAAAUGGCAGAGUGUUUGGGAUUGUAUUUAUUUAAUUCGGGGUACCUGUUUUAUUCUCUGUAACCUCAGAUGUAACCUUUUUGAAAGUUAUUGCGCUUUUUGUAUGUCCUCAAGGUGUUGGUUAUCCUGGUCAUACUUGUCUGGCUCAGGUUUUUUUAUUUUGUUUUUCAAGGAUGAAAAAAAAAUCUAUAAUAUUUUCCAUUUGCCUAUUUUCUCCUCAAGGACUGUUACAUAGUUUUGGAAACGUAUGGAACAAAUCGAUUUCUGUAACUUUAAAAGUAAAAAUUAGCAUGGACUACAUUUAGAUAGGCAAAUUAUGUUAUCGCAGAGCACAUACCAGUUUUUUCAAAUUAAAUUACAGAGUUUUGUUUCCCUAAAAAUUGCUAGGGUCAAUGAUUAUCAGGUUCAGCUUUUAUGUUACCUGGGAUUAAAAAUAAAAAAACGAAGUAGUCCCCAGCUAUUGUAUAUGUUUGACAAACAAUAUGUGAAAAUGUAAAAUUUCACACAGUUUAUUAACUUCUCACACUCCAAAGAUGUAUUUUUUAGCCAUCUGUUCAGAAAUACUUGAAUAUUACACAGCUGGUUGGCUUGUCUUUUUUUGUUCCAUUGUCUGUGGCACAGUGUAUUUAGACUUCCAAGUGAAUGUGUUGGUGUAGAACACAUGGAGAUGGCCAUGACUCUUCCCUCUGCACACAAUAUCAGGAUAUUUGAUCAAUUGUUCUUGCUACUGAACGAAAAUGUGUGGCAAUGACACCACGGCUAAACUUGAAUGUGUAAAAGGAAGUCGAUUAAUGUACACGUAAGGUUAAGCAUAGAC